CCGGGGAGCAGGCUUCGGCGCUACACCCUCUUCCUGCCUCUCUCGCUUGCGUCAGAUCAAUGUUGCAGACGCUGAGCUGAAGACCCGCGCGUGGCGCGCUCGGCGGGGCCCCUCUCGGGCUGGUGGCCGAAGCUCCCCUCGGAACGCUGGGACAUCUCUCUGGAACGCUGAUACACUUUGGAACGUCCGCGGCGUCCAAUCGGCUGCUGGCGGCUGCCCGCUCCCGAGAACGGCCCCGGAGCCGGUUUGUUGCGCGGGUCCCGCCGGGUUUCGGUGAGUGGCCACCCAGGUGCCCGCAGUUCGAUGGUUGGUUCGGACCGCGAUGAGCCGCCCGUCCUCCGCCGGACCCAGUGCUAACAAACCCUGCGGCAAGCAGCAGCACGCCCCGUCCCCCGCUGCUGCCCCCACUGCCGCCGCCACCAUCUCGGCUGCCGGCCCCGGCUCCUCCGCGCUACCCGCCGCGGCCGCCGUGAUCUCAGGCCCGGGAGGAGGCGGCGGCGGCGGGCCGGUCUCGCCUCAGCACCACGAGCUGACCUCGCUGUUCGAGUGCCCCGUCUGCUUCGACUAUGUGCUGCCCCCGAUCCUGCAGUGCCAGGCCGGGCAUCUGGUAUGCAAUCAAUGCCGGCAGAAACUGAGCUGCUGCCCCACGUGCAGGGGAUCCCUGACCCCAAGCAUCAGGAACCUGGCCAUGGAGAAAGUGGCCUCGGCUGUCCUCUUCCCCUGUAAGUACGCCACUACAGGCUGUUCCCUGACACUCCACCAUACAGAAAAGCCGGAGCAUGAAGACAUCUGUGAAUACCGUCCCUACUCCUGUCCAUGUCCUGGUGCCUCCUGUAAAUGGCAGGGCUCUUUGGAAGCCGUGAUGUCCCACCUCAUGCACGCCCACAAAAGCAUUACCACCCUUCAGGGAGAAGACAUAGUCUUUCUCGCCACGGACAUUAACCUGCCAGGAGCUGUCGACUGGGUCAUGAUGCAAUCUUGCUUUGGUCACCAUUUCAUGCUGGUGUUGGAGAAACAGGAGAAGUACGAGGGUCACCAGCAGUUUUUUGCUAUUGUGUUGCUCAUUGGCACUCGCAAACAAGCAGAGAACUUUGCAUACCGACUGGAGCUGAAUGGUAACCGGCGCAGGCUGACCUGGGAGGCAACGCCCCGCUCUAUUCACGAUGGGGUGGCUGCUGCCAUCAUGAACAGCGACUGUCUAGUUUUCGAUACAGCUAUAGCACAUCUUUUUGCAGACAAUGGAAAUCUUGGCAUCAAUGUGACUAUUUCUACGUGUUGUCCGUGAUUAUAUCCGUGUCGUAAGUGAAACCGAGGGUUGUCUGGGCAUAGUGCUUUACAUUCUUAAGGGUUUUUUAAAAUGAUCUUCAACUAUGUCUUCAUAUAUAUCUCUUAGGAUUCCUAAUUUAGCCAACAUUUUGUAACAACUUUCUCUUUGGGUUUUAAGUCAUGGCUAACCAGACAAGAUGAGCGAGUGUCCUGUCAAUAAUCCGAACAGGAAAAGGGUUUUUUUAGAAUUCUUGGAUGCUUUUUGAAGAUUUUUUACCACUUUUUAAAAACAACAGAGCUUCCAUUAGACAUAUGUCUUUAAUAGACUUAAGGGUCUAUUUUUCUCUUUGAAGUGCACCCAAAGCUUCCCUUAAGAGGAGUUAUCCAAGGGGAAAACAGGCACCUCUUGACUUACUCCCCUGUUGGGCUUUUAAAAAGAGAAUAAACAAAUAGCUUCAAGUGUGGUACCCAUGAGAGGUUAUUGUGACUCAGAGAGGAACAAAAGGUACUUUGGUAUAGGUUCCCUUGCUGCUCUGAUUCCCUCUUCUUUAUUUAAAAAAAAAAAAAAGAAGGAAAGAAAAGAAAAGAAAAAAACAGUUGUGUUGGCUCACUUGCUGUGUCUUUAAAAAUGAACCAGGCCUGAUCCUGCAAAGUGUUGAGCAUCUUCUGCUCCCAUUCACUUUGUUUAAAGUUGAGUAUGCCUGGAACAUUUUACAAGGGCCCUGGAUCAGGUGCUAAUAAAGCAAGAGGCGCAUAUCUAAUAGUUCUCAAACAGCUAGAAAUUGAUCAUAUAGCGGUGCAUUCAGGUUGUUUACAUAUGGCUUCCCUUGGAGACAUACUUGAUUAUUGAUAUUGUCAGAGACUGAUUAGAAUAAUAUAGUGAAAGCUUUAUGGCCAGUGUCAUGUCAUUUGCUAUUUAAGUUUUUGUUGCCAUAUUUACUUUAGUUUUUUAAUAAACAUUUUGCAAAAACAA